AUAAAACUAGUUUUGGAUUUGUAUCCGUCAGUCGGCUUAUAUAUUCAAAAUGAGCGUUAUCUUUGACCUGAAUUGAUAACGCGUGACAUAUCAUAAAAUACACAAAAUCGCUUUAAAACUUUUAUCACUUGUGCUUGGACAAAUAAAUAUCGAAGUCUGAAUGGACUGAAAAUUUUGCAAAUCUGGCAAUUGCAAACAGUAUACGAAGGAAGGAAAGGCGAAAGGACGUAUAAGAAAAGGAGUUAGUUUUUUUUUGUGACAGGAGCUUAGGAAGAAGUAAAAUGACUUCGAUUCUUAGUAAGGAUGUACCUGAUAUCGAGAAUAUCCUAGCAUUAAAUCCACGUGUUACAAAGCACGCGAAUCUUGUGUCCAGCGCACGAACAAAAGAGAACAAGAAGCAUUGGAAACGUAACGCAACAAAAGGAUGUACGUCGUGCCCUCCAUUACAAAACAACUUUGAUGACAUUAAACACACAACACUAAGCGAAAGAGCGGCCCUCCGUGAAGCAGCGAGAUGUUUGAAAUGUGCCGACGCGCCUUGCCAGAAGAGCUGUCCAACACAGCUUGAUAUUAAAUCUUUCAUUACAAGCAUCUCAAACAAGAAUUAUUAUGGAGCAGCCAAAGCUAUAUUCUCAGACAACCCUCUGGGCCUCACAUGUGGAAUGGUGUGUCCGACCAGUGACCUUUGUGUGGGAGGGUGUAAUCUGUAUGCGUCUGAAGAAGGACCAAUUAACAUUGGAGGAUUGCAGCAGUACGCAACUGAAGUGUUUAAAGAGAUGAGAAUACCGCAGAUAAGAGACCCGAACCUGCCUCCUCUCUCCGAGAUGCCUGAUAGCUACAAGACUAAAGUAGCACUGAUCGGGUGCGGUCCUGCAAGCAUCAGCUGUGCCACGUUCCUUGCAAGACUCGGGUACAGCAGCUUAACAGUGUUUGAGAAAGAGAACUAUAUUGGAGGAUUAAGUUCCUCCGAGAUUCCACAAUACCGACUGCCCUACAGUGUGGUGGACUUCGAAGUUCAACUCAUGAAGGAUCUAGGGGUCAAAAUUGAGACUGGACGCGUACUGAGUACAAAAGAUCUGACAUUGAACAAAUUGAAACAAGAUGGCUACUCCGCUGUUUUUGUUGGUAUAGGUUUGCCAAACCCCAAGAAGAUCUCAAUAUUUGAGAAUCUCACUGAGGAGAUGGGUUUCUUCACGUCCAAAGAUUUUCUUCCGAAGGUUACAAAAGCUAGCAAAGCUGGCAUGUGUGCUUGCAAAUCACAGCUCCCUCAACUCUCAGGAAAAGUAAUAGUGCUUGGUGCUGGAGACACUGCCUUUGAUUGCGCUACCUCGGCGCUGAGAUGUGGGGCAAAGAGAGUGUUUGUCGUGUUUAGAAAAGGCUUUACUAACAUCAGAGCUGUUCCAGAAGAGAUGGAUCUCGCUAAAGAUGAAAAAUGCGAGUUUCUACCAUUCCUAUCACCUCGAAAAGUGGUGACGAAGAAUGGACGUGUUUGUGGUAUGGAGUUCGUUCGUACUGAACAGAACGACGACGGGGAAUGGAUAGAGGACGAAGAUGAGACAAUCAAAUUGAAAGUGGACUAUAUCAUAUCUGCCUUUGGAUCUGGGCUAUCGGAUACCGAUCUGAUUGAGGCUAUGAAUCCAAUUAAGUUCAACAAAUGGAGUUUACCUGAGGUGAACACAGACACGAUGCAGACCAGUGAACCCUGGGUAUUUUGUGGCGGAGAUAUAGCUGGUGUUGCACAAACCACAGUAGAGUCAGUCAAUGAUGGUAAACAAGCGUCAUGGCACCUCCAUAAAUAUAUACAGUCUAUAAACAACCAAAACGUACCGGAAGUUCCGUCCUUGCCAAAGUUUUUCACCCCGAUUGACCAGGUUGAUGUCAGUGUUGAGAUAUGCGGCCUCAAAUUUCCCAAUCCAUUUGGUCUUGCCAGCGCCCCGCCCACCACCAGUAGCGCCAUGAUCAGAAGAGCAUUUGAACAAGGAUGGGGCUUCGCACUAACAAAGACUUUUGCCCUUGACAAGGAUCUUGUAACGAAUGUGUCACCCCGUAUUGUGCGCGGAACAACAUCGGGACAUAUGUUUGGGCCUGGACAAGGGUCCUUCUUGAAUAUUGAGCUCAUCAGUGAGAAAACAGCCGAGUAUUGGUGUAAGAGUGUGACAGAACUGAAAAAAGAUUUCCCCGACAAGAUUAUCAUCGCAAGCAUCAUGUGCAGUUUUAGCAAGGAAGACUGGACAGAACUUGCCCAAAUGGCGGAGGCUGCUGGUGCUGACGCGUUGGAACUGAACUUGUCAUGUCCACAUGGAAUGGGGGAACGUGGUAUGGGACUUGCAUGUGGUCAAGACCCCGAGCUUGUAAGAAACAUCUGUCGAUGGGUUCGGGCGGCAGUAAAAAUACCAUUCUUUGCAAAACUGACACCCAAUGUUACCAGUGUUGUGAGCAUAGCCCGGGCUGCGUACGAAGGAAAAGCAGAUGGUGUGACUGCAACCAACACUGUAUCCGGCCUUAUGGGUUUGAAGGGUCAAGGUCAGGCGUGGCCAAAUGUUGGAAAGAGCAAGAAAACAACAUAUGGGGGUGUCUCGGGAAAUGCCAUACGUCCAAUCGCUCUUCGGGCAGUUUCUGCCGUAGCCAAAGAGCUACCAGGCUUUCCUAUUUUGGCUACUGGGGGUAUAGACUCUGCUGAAGCGGGACUUCAGUUCUUGCACGCUGGGGCGUCCGUUCUACAGGUAUGUAGUGCAGUCCAGAAUCAAGACUUCACCCUGAUAGAUGACUAUGUGACUGGGCUGAAGGCUCUGCUCUACCUGAAUAGUCUAGACGAUAUGUCCAACUGGGAUGGCCAAAGUCCGCCCACAGUGAAACACCAGCAGGGAAAACCUGUGCCAAAACUUAACGAGCUGAUAGGAAAGGGAAUACCAUCAUUUGGUCCAUACAAAGAGAAGCGUACAGAGGUUGUGGAUGCCCAUUACAAGCAUGUGGACCUGCUUGACGACAAGAACAAGCCACCUGCCAUCCGUCCACCUCUAGAGCCAAAGAAACCUAUCCCUUCAGUGAAGGAAGUGAUUGGACGCGCCCUGGACAUGAUUGGAAGCUACGGUGACCUAAACAAUAAAGAACAAGUCGUAGCUCUUAUAGAUGAGGAUAUGUGUAUCAAUUGCGGGAAAUGUUAUAUGACAUGUAACGAUUCUGGUUACCAGGCAAUCUCGUUCGACCCUGAAACUCACCUUCCAAAGGUCAAUGAAGAUUGUACAGGAUGCACUUUGUGUCUGUCCGUCUGUCCGAUCAUUGAUUGUAUCAAGAUGGUUACAAGAACAACACCAUACGUUCCAAAGCGUGGAAUACCCCUCAGAAAGCCAUCUGAUGCUAACCUUAUACUUACGACCAAUUAAACUUGGAAGCAUCUGCGCUGUCGAAGACCAGUGAAAAUAUAUUAUUUGAACUGUCCGUCCGUCCGUCGUGUAAUGAACAAUUCCUACAAUUUUUAUCCAAAUCAACUGGAACUUGAUAUUCGUCAUUAAUUUGAAGUGGUCAUGCGCAUUUUAUUGUGACUUUUUUCAGGGUGCUAGUAUGGAACUUCUUCCCUGUUUGGACGUACAAAUGUUGCAAACUACAUUGUUAACCCAAUUCUUAUUGUUUCCGUAUAAUUCAAAUAAAACUUGGAAAUAAUUAUCAACUUAAAGUUAUCAGGACUUUCAUGUCUGAAUAUCAGAUUUUUUAGUUAUGUCGACGUUGGACAUGAUUUUAUUCUAUCAAGCACCGCUGGGUGUGUGUAGCGGGGCAUGUGUCAUACAAUGUUUUCAUUAUUCUUGUUUUGGACUUGGAUAUAACACGAAAACUUUGAUACCCUUGUUAGAGCGCAAUAUAGCCAUUAUGAUGAUCGAGUACUUAAGUUAGUUUGGAAAUACAGCAAAUGUGUUUUGUGAAUGUGUUAUGCUGAUCAAAGACAAUUAAACUGGCUUUGCGAGAAUCAAAAUGUUAAGAUUUUUUUAUAAAAUAUUUGUUAUAGCUCACUUUUGAAUGUAUAUUGAAUAACACUAACAUUUUCUAAAAUGAAUCUCUUAGCUUUGUGAAAACCCAGAUGUUUAGUUUUCUAUAAAACAUACGAUAUUACGGACAUAGUUUAAUGCAUUUGAAUAACAUUAGCAUUUUGCUAACUUAAACCUAUGCUGUUAGCUUUGCUAGAUUUAAACUGUUUCGUUAGUUUAUUUCUUUACACAUAUAUAGUUUGUGUCUCGGAUGCGUUUUCUCAUUUUGCCAUAAUUUAGCUGCCAUGUUUUUUUUGACACUGUGUUGUUCUAUUUUCUGGUCCUUUGGGAUCAUGGAGUCCACUCAAUGUUUAUGGAUGGCAGAGUUCCACUUACGCCGGUACUAGGGGUCAUGAGGGGAGCUGCACAUUUCAUUGCCUCUCAUGAACACACUCAAAUGGAGUAUAUUAUUAUUUUUCGUUGGUUUCUCCCUAUGCUGCCGAAGGAUGUUCAUGUACGUAGGUUUCAUUGGUUUCUGUUGUUAGUAAAUUACCUCGGGGGGAUUGACUCAGUAUUAUUUUGCUUGGUUGCAUUCUAUGCUUCCAAAGGAUCUUUUGUUGUUAAAGGCCUUAUAACGUUGCAUGCAAGUUUCAAAUUGUGCUAUUUGUUUAUGAGAAUUAUUGAUACAAAACAAUGUUUUUUUUUCUUUUUUAUAUCUAUUACUUAUGUAACGCUUAUAUAUAUAUAUAUACUGGAGUUACUUAAACAGUUUUGCGUUUACUUUUUUCAGUUUUGUUUAAUUUGUAAUCUCCCUAUUUUGCUAGUACACUUUGAAUAAAAAUAUACAUAUCUGG